GCCUGGCCUCAUGGGAACGGAGGGUUUGGGAGGGGCCUAAGGGCUUUAUAAGGCAGGGCUAGAGCAACCGGCCCAGCAGAGAACCGAGAGGCACCAGGCAGACCUCAGCCUCACCCAACUCCCGGCUCGGCAGACAAGAUGCAGCGGCUCUGUGUGCAAGCGCUGAUCCUGGCUCUGGCUCUGGCCGCCUUCUCGGAAGCCUCCUGGAAGCCCCGCUCCCAGCUGCAGGACGCACCCUCAGGCCCAGGGGCCAAGAGGGCCCUGGAGGCACGUUGGCCGGACCAGCUGGGCCCAGCCGCUCACCACCAAAGGCAGCUGAGGUUCCCGGAUCCCCCGCACCCGGUGGCAGACCUGUCCAAGAAGCAGGGGCCGUGGCUGGAGGAAGAUGAAGAAGCGUAUGGAUGGAUGGACUUCGGCCGCCGCAGUGCUGAGGAAGGGGACCAACAGCCCUAGCACCGAGUUUCAGAGCCCAGCCACCUCCCAGCCCCGCCCAGCCCCAUGGAAAACCAACCCAAAUAAACCUGCUUCCAAUGGA